AUGAGCCAAGUUCCACUCGAUCAAGAAGCAUUACUUUACAGCAAUUUGUUUGAUAGGGCUUCCAAGGAGAAUGAAAAGCAAAAUACGGAUGAAGCCAUCAAGUUGUUUAAUGAAAUUAUUAAUGGUACGAUGACCAAGAAGAAUGAAGUAAUCAUCAAGAAAAAGGAAGAGGCCAUUUAUAGCCUUGGUAAAAUCUUUGCUGCUCGAAGUGAUGCCAAUGCUAUUGUGGAAUUAAACAAGUCAAUCCGACCAUUCUUCCAAGAUUUACCAAAAGCUAAAACUGCAAAAAUUGUGAGAACUUUGAUCGAAUUGGUCGGAACUAUAAAAGGAAGCGAUGCAAUUCAAAUUGACAUUUGUAAGGAGUCUAUCGAGUGGGCAACAGCAGAAAAAAGAAGUUUCUUACGUCAACGUAUUGAAUCACGAUUGGCAACAUUGUAUUUCCAAAAGAAAGAAUUUACUGAAGCUCUUAAUAUAAUAACUAGAUUAUUGAGAGAAGUGAGAAAGUUGGAUGAUAAGGCUCUCCUUGUUGAAAUUCACUUGCUUGAAAGUAAGGUGUACCACUCAUUGAGAAAUCUAUCGAAAGCAAGAGCUGCUCUCACAGCUGCAAGAACCGAUGCCAAUGCUAUAUAUUGUCCUCCACUUCUUCAAGCAGAUAUUGACAUGCAAUCUGGUGUAUUGCAUGCCGAAGAGAAGGACUACAAGACUGCUUUCUCUUACUUCUUUGAAGCAUUUGAAGGUUUCAGCAACCUUGAAGACAACACUGCUAUUAUGUGCCUCAAGUACAUGUUGCUUUGUAAAGUCUGUACUAAUAAUACUGACGACAUUCAAACCCUACUCAGCUCAAAGACUGCUCUCAACUACACAGGUAGAGAAGUGGAAUCCAUGAAGGCCGUUUCUUCUGCCUAUCAAGAAAGAUCUCUUCAUGCCUUUGAAAGAGCUCUCGCAGAAUAUGAAGUUGAAUUGAAGAAGGAUCCAAUCAUCAAUACUCAUCUUUCUGAGUUGUAUGACAAUCUUUUGGAACAACAUCUUUUGAGAAUUAUUGAACCAUUCUCUCGUGUACAAAUUUCACACGUUGCCAAAUUGAUUGAUCUUCCUCGUACUCAAGUCGAGAGAAAACUCUCUCAAAUGAUUCUCGAUACCAAGCUGAAUGGUAUUCUCGAUCAAGGAAAUGACUGUAUAAUUGUAUAUGAAGAAAGCAAGAAGGAUCAAUGUUAUCCAGCUGCUUUGGAAACUAUUUCAAAUUUGAAUGGUGUGAUGGAUUCCCUCUUUGAACGAGCCAAGGCUUUGACUAAAUAA